CGGCCAGGGGAGGUGCAAAAGCUUCGUAAGCAUAAAGAAGCAGCUCCCUGUCUGCGGGCGGCGGUGCUCAGCUUGUCCCGCGAGCCUCCGGGCUACGGAGGCGGGGAAGGAGCCUCGUGAUCGCCGUUGUGCAACAACUGUGCGCUUGCGACAGAUGCGGGGGGGACGCAGCCGGGUGCAGAAGCGGCUGGAGAGAGAGGGAUCGCGAGAGAAGACAAAAUGGUGGCUUUUUAUCGUCUUACUGCCCCAUUGCUGUUGGCUGGGCUCUGCUUGGGAUGGGACUUCCCCUUUAGGGAUCCCACAUUGUCUUGGGAGGAACGAGUGGACGACCUGGUUAACAGGCUGACCCCGAAGGAGAUGAUCCUGCAGAUGGCGAGAGGCGGAGCUAAGGGCAAUGGGCCGGCCCCACCUAUUGAGCGUUUGGGCAUUGGGCCCUACAACUGGAACACAGAAUGUCUUCGUGGAGAUGCAGAAGCACAAGGCUGGGCGACAUCUUUUCCUCAAGCGCUUGGCUUGGCUGCCUCUUUCAAUCCUCAACUCAUCUUCGAAGUGGCCAACGCUACGGCCACUGAGGUUCGCGCCAAGCACAACUAUUUUGAAUCCGUUGGCUAUUAUAAUGACCAUACUGGCUUAAGCUGCUUCAGCCCAGUCUUGAACAUUAUGCGGCACCCACUCUGGGGCAGGAACCAGGAGACUUAUGGGGAGGACCCAUUCUUGACCACCCAGCUGGGAAUUGCAUUUGUGAAGGGGCUGCAGGGUGACCAUCCCCGCUACGUCAAAACUAAUGCCGGCUGCAAGCAUUUUGAUGUCCAUGGGGGUCCUGAGAAUAUCCCUGUAUCCCGUUUUUUGUUUGAUGCCAAGGUGGAAGAACGUGAUUGGCGCAUGACUUUCCUGCCUCAGUUUGAGGCCUGCGUGCGAGCCGGGACAUUCAGCUUCAUGUGCAGCUAUAACAGAAUUAAUGGAGUCCCGGCCUGUGCUAACAAGAAGCUGUUGACAGACAUCCUCCGAAAUGAAUGGGGCUUCCAGGGUUAUGUGGUGAGCGAUGAAGGUGCCGUGGAGUUGAUCAUGGUUGGGCACCGCUACACGCAAAGUUUCCUGGAGACUGCAAUAGUGGCUGUGAACGCCGGAUGUAAUCUAGAGCUUUCUUACGGGAUGAAGAAUAAUGUUUACAUGCACAUAGCCGAAGCCCUUAGCAAGGGGAACAUUUCUUUGGAAAUGAUCCGGGAUCGUGUCCGCCCCCUUUUCCUCACUCGUCUGCGCCUGGGUGAAUUUGACCCACCAGCCAUGAACCCCUAUAAUGCACUGGGGGCUGAGGUUAUACAGUCAAAAGCCCACCACAGUCUGGCCCUCAAAGCCGCCCUCCAGACUUUUGUGUUGCUAAAAAACCGGAACGAAAUGCUACCUUUCAAAGCAGAAGAUCUACUGCACAAGACCAUUGCGGUGGUCGGACCCUUUGCAGACAAGGCUAAUCUCCUCUUUGGGGAUUAUGCACCAGUCCCUGACCCCCAAUACAUUUAUACACCCAGGAGGGGCUUAGCAGCUAUCUCAGCAAAUGUCACCUCUGCUCUUGGAUGUGAGAAUCCGAGGUGUCUCCAGUAUAAUCCCAAAGAUGUGAAAGCUGCAAUCGAAGGAGCAGACGUUGCGAUUGUGUGCCUUGGGACAGGAGCUGAUCUGGAAUCUGAAUCCAAUGAUCGCAAGAAUUUGUCUUUGCCCACACAUCAAAUGGACCUUCUGCAGUCUUCUGUGGCCUGGGCCGCUGGCCGCCCUGUGGUUCUGCUCCUGUUCAACGCUGGCCCGCUGGAUAUAAGCUGGGCCAAGGACGAGGAUGCCGUGGGGGCAAUCGUGGCUUGUUUCUUUCCUGCUGAGACCACAGGGCUGGCUGUGGCCAAGAUGCUGGUGGGCGCUGAAGGGGCAAAUCCCGCUGGCAGGUUGCCUGCUACGUGGCCAGCAGGAAUGCACCAGGUACCGCCAAUAGAGAACUACACAAUGAUUGGCAGGACAUAUCGCUACUACGGAAAAGAGACCCCGUUGUACCCCUUUGGCUUCGGACUCUCAUAUACCACCUUCCAGUACCGUGACCUGGUAGUGGGUGCUGACCAAGUGCCCAUUUGUGGCAAUCUUAGCAUCUCUGUGGUGGUGGAGAACGUUGGAUCCAGAGAUGGUGAAGAGGUGGUGCAGCUCUACCUCCGCUGGGGACAAGCGUCUGUGCCUAUGCCCCACUGGCAGCUAGUUGGCUUCCGCCGCUUGCCGAUACGCCCGGGACAAGCUGCCAAGGUGGCCUUCCUGUUACCUUUCAGCCAGAGAGCCGUAUGGGCUGGUCAGUGGUGGUUGGAGCCUGGCACUUUCACCGUAUUUGUUGGCGGUCAGCAGCCCUUCCAAGAAGUGCGGCUUCCUUCAAACGUUCUCCAGACCGAUUUUCAUGUCUUUGGGAACUCCCGUAGUGCAAGCCAAUGCUAGUCUCCCAAAUAGGCCAGGAUUGCUCAGGGACAUCAACCCGUUGGCUUGCUGAGCCAGAGUUUAUCAAACAAGACGUUUUGCAGUGAGUAAAAGCUUAUAGUAGAGGGAGCCAAUCUGACGUUUCUGAGAAGGUAUGACUAUUCAUCUGAAAACGUGUUUUUGUUGGCUCCGGUGACUGGAUUGCGCUGGACAAUGGGCAGGGGAAGGGUUACCCUGGAAAGAUAAGAUUGCCAGAAGAAUAACAGAGCACUUACAGAAUGGUAAUAAACUCCAUUUUCAAGUGGU